AUGAACGGAAUUGUGCCGGUGAAAUCACCGCAGCCAACGCAGAGAUCUGGGAUGAGUAGAUUAGAACUGACAGUACCCGAGCCGAGUCUGAUAGCCGAGUUCAGUGCAGAAAACUUGCGUACAUUCCACGCUCCGCCAGUCGACCAUUCCGUUGAGACAACUCCUGUUGCCAGAUUGAGCUCAACUCAGAAUGCCUCCAGUGCUAAUUUGAAACAGCCGCUUCGAGUUUCAUUUGAGAAAAGUGAAGUUUUGACGCCGAUUCUUAAGAACUCUAAUAACUCAAAUUGCCAACGCUUAGACAAUUCAUUCCAAGACAACUAUUUUCCGGUUCCAAAGUCGCCUUCUCCGACCUCUCCUUCCCCACAGACAAACGGAACAAUGGAACUCAUCGAGACUAUCCGUAGCCAGGAGCUCGAAAUUCACAAACAUAAAAAAGCUAACGAAAAGCAAACUCGUCAACUUGCCCAGCAAGCGCAAAUCAUUCAACAGCUCAAGGAUGAAAUCGAGAAAUAUAAAACAGAAUCAGAACAAAAAACAGUUUUAACAACUUCAACUGCAGAAAAAUCUUCAAACACGGAAGUAUCUUCAUCUCAAGAAACCUCUUCUCAAACAGACCCUGCACCUUCAAAGCAACCUACAAAAGAAUGCUCAAUCCAGACAUCAGACAGUUUUGUCUUCAAGCAGCCACAAGUACAAAGCACCAAUAGUUCUCAAAUGCAGUACUACGAGCGUUCACGAGAAACAUCCCUGGCGGCUUCGACAAAUUUGAACUACUCGAACGCCCAUUCUCGUCAGUCAAAUCACUACAGCACUGAUACAGAUUCUGACUCAGACGCGGAAUUACCGCCCGAAGCGCUGGCCGAACUUGUGGGAAAGCUGAAUCAAACCAUUGCGAAUUGCAAUCAGGAGCAUAAGCCGCAAGAGGUGCAGCAAGGAUAUCAACAACAGAAUACCACUGCGCCGGCCGCUAUUAAUCAUAUUCCUCCAAUUAGUAAUGAUCAUUUUACGAGUUCAUCUGCAAGCGAGGACGAUGAAGAGGAUUAUCCAGAAGGCGACACGAUGUUUAUUCGAAAUAUCGCACCCUCUUACGGCACUAGAAAAGAAGGCCAACUUCACCACGUCAGCCAAUAUGGAGAAGAGAGUGUUUGCGCCCAACUAGCGCGUAAAUACGGCGUCCCGACUCCUUCUUCUGCCCCUUCUUCACGAAGUCAAAGCCGCUACCGGUACAUGUCAACUCCGGAUCAAACUUUCAACCUGCACAACUCCUCUGAUAUGUCUCUCGCGACAGCAAGAUACAUGGAGAGACACUUGUCGAAGCCACAGCGAAGAAAGUCCGACGCCAGCGUCCCGCAGCGCACAUCAAAGCCGAUCGUAGACCUAACAGAGCUGGAUCGCCUUGAAAACUUCAAAUGA